GUCAGCCUGGCAGCUGCUGCUAGAGGCGACACGCGUUGCGGACUGGGUGCGACCCAUGGUUCCGUUCGCGCGGGAGCCGCAAACGGGUCUACAUGUGGUGCUCAUCGUGGCGCAAUGGGGGUGCAGGGCACUGCUGGACUUGGCCAGUGGCAGAUCGCUGACGGCGAAGCCGCGCGAGUGGAACCCCUUUGACCCACGGGUCGGCAUGCGGCCCCUUACCUUCCUGACCCUCCUGGAGCGUUUCUCCCUGCUAGCGCUGGCAGUGACCACCGGCGGAAUGAACAACCUGGUCGUACCGGUAUCUCUGGUGCUCGACCACAUGACGCAACCGGGCCUGGCAGAGCUGUUCACCUACACCAUGCGACAUGUCCCACGGGUCACCCCUGCCUCCAUGCACGCCCUGCAUGCAGACCUGUGCCGCGUAUGUGAUGUGCUAUGUGACCUAAUCUGCAACCCGCAACGGUUGGUGGAGCAGCAAGCGAGCGGGCAGGUCUCCACAGCAGCAGCAGCAG